GCCAAGUCCGCGGGUGGACGGAGAAGGCAGUGCCCGCUGUGACACUCGCGCCGUGGGCUCGUUAGCGUCUCUUCUGGUGUUACAGAAUGAGGGGACGCAGCUUGAAACCGACGAAGGUGCUCCUCGGUCUGCUCGCAGUCUUACAAACCAUGUGGAGUACAUCAAGAGCCACACAUGUGGUCCACAUAGGUGGCAAAGUGCCAAUGCACACCCAAUACACAAGAGGAUAUGAGGGAAAUAAGAAGUACCUGUGCAAAGAACCCUGCAUAUCAAAUUCAGAUGUGCUGAUCACUGCCAACCAAAGGAACGUGCGUGUGACUAAAGGGAAAUACUCCAUAUUUGACGAUUCCUCUGCAAGAAUCAUCACUGCAAACAUCAGCAAUUUCCAUAACUGGGAUGCUGGGAGGUACUGGAUUGGAGUGGACAUACCUUGGCAGAAAGAUUCAUAUGCAGAGUUCUAUUUGUCUGUCAUGUCAGAUGUUCCCCAUCCAUCUGCUUUUCCAAGACACAAUGAAGCAAUUCUACCGGUAGUGAUCAGUGUGGCAGUCUUACUAGGAGUGCUGAUCCUCAUGUUUCUGCUGGUCCGCUGGAAGUGGAAGCUCUCAGCCCUGAACACUGACAACUGUAGAAAUGCUGGAAGGAGACACGAGGUAAAUAUGACGGAUAGAACGGAAGAAGAGAUGCCACCACUAUAUCAUCAGACCGUCUCAGUGCCCUGCAUCAUGACACAGGCUAAAAAGAGCACAUUGGGCGCCUUGAGGAGCCACGUUGGUGGCUGAGCAACACUAGAAACCUACAAGCAAGCUUUGCCUCAGAGCUAACAUUCUAAUAUGAAACAAAAUAUGAAAAAUGCAUAAUUCAAAAUAUGUUGUAUACAGUGAUCCCUCGCUAUAUCGCGCUUCGAC